UUAAGUGUUUAAAUAAGUUAAAUUAUUAUUUUUUCCUUUCAAACAUAUACCUAUUGAGAAUUCAUUAUAAAUCUAUCGUAUUUAAUCUGUGAAUUGGACUUGGUUAUAAGAUAAUAUCGGAGCAAUAAUCAUAUUUAUUUUAAAAGGUGAUGACGUGAUAUUUAUUGAAAUUGAACAUUGUGCCAUCAGCAAUGAAAAUGUAUACCAGGUCUUCCUCUAGACAAACACAAAAGCAAAAUAAUUAUAAUUCAAAACACGAAGAGUUGUUAGAAAGGCCUCGUAGACAAAUAAGGGAACCGAUGCCCCACAUAUUUUUUAGUGAUGAUAGUGAGGAUGACACUCGUACGGUGAAAGAUAAAUCUUCCAACAAAAAAAUUCAGAGACGAGUGACUAAAUCUAAAAUUACCUCUAGUGAUGAAAGCGACAAUGGAAGUAGAACGAGACAUGUGCCAUCGUCUUCUAAACAAGAACAGCUGCUUCAAGACAAGUUAUUGCUGAAGAAGACGACGAAACGUGUCACAAAACCUGACAUUAUUUUCAUCGAUGAUUCUGAUGAUGAGUGUAGAAGCUUGAGUAACCAAAUCCCGAAGCUGUCGACACCAAGAAAACAAAAAUUAAGAAGUUUAGAUCAUGAUCUCAAUCAAGUAAAUUAUGCAAGCCCACCAAAACAAAAGAAAACUACUGACGUUUCUCGAACACCAACACACAACAAAAUCGUGCAGAAGGAAGAAGUUCAGACCCCAUCUCGCUUACUUUUAAGACUGAAAUUGACUAGUCCGACACAUAGUAAUGGAGUUAUUGAAAAAGAAAAAGGGUCGAAUAGAAAGGAGUUGUUUAAAGAAAAAGAGAAAAUUAGUGCUGUUGAGAAUGGAGAACACUUUGGUGAAACGAAUGUUAAAAAGAAUGUAAAUUUUUAUAGAAAUGCUAGAAAAGCCUUGCACACCUCGUAUCCCACUGAUAUGCCUGGACGUGAGAAAGAAUUGAAUGAGCUGAAGGAGUUUAUAGAAACUCAUAUAGAAAACAAAACUUCUGGAUCUCUAUACAUCAGCGGUCCCCCUGGUACUGGCAAAACGGCAUCUCUCAACAUAAUUCUGCAAGAUGAUAUUAUAUCUUCGAAACUCCAUAAAGUUUACAUAAAUUGUACGGGUAUAAAGUCCGCAAAUGCGAUUUAUUCCAGGAUCGGAAAAGAAUUUGGUAUUAAAAUGACCGGAAAAGCUGAAAAGGACUCGGUCGCUGUUGAGAAUUACCUAAGAAGCCAAAGCAAAAUGAUCUUGCUUGUGCUGGACGAAAUUGAUCAACUGGAGAGCAAAAACCAGUCCAUCUUGUACACGAUCUUCGAGUGGCCGUCAAAACCAAACUCCCACCUGAUUUUAGUGGGAAUCGCCAACGCUCUAGACCUGACGGAUAGGAAGCUAUGUAGGCUUCAGGGUCAUUACAAAUUAAAACCAAAACUGAUGCACUUCGCUCCUUACACCAAGCAACAGAUCCUGCAGAUAUUCACGUCACGCCUGAAAUCUGCCGGCGUCCUUGAAGUUUUCUCCCCUCCCGCCCUGCAGAUACUAGCGGGAAAAUUUGCUGCGGGUUCAGGUGACAUCCGCAGAGCUCUGGACAUCGGCAGACGGGCGGUGGAGCUGAUCGAUCAAAGCAACAAAGAAGAUGUGUUGAAACCAGUCGAAAACUUUGUGGGUAAAGCAGAAAAGGAAGCUGAGAACAAACUGAAGAGUGUCGAGGUGAAACAAGUUGUGAACGUGUUGAAUAACAUUUACGGGACUUCACAGAACUUGGUGGACGAACCCGAUAACGCGUUUCCAUUGCAACAGAAGAUUAUUAUUUGUUCGCUCGUAUUAAUGCUGAAAAAAGCGAGAAAUAAGGAUAUUACGGUCGGGAAGCUUCACGAAGUGUACAAACGAGUGUGUACGAAGAGGAAUAUCUUGAACGUAGAUCAAGCCGAGUUUGUGGGCUUGUGUUCAUUGAUCGAGACUCGGGGAAUUAUCAGAGUUACGGGAAAGAAAGAGCCGAGGUUGAAUAAAGUGAACUUGGAGUGGGACGAAGAGGAGGUCGCUUCUGCUUUGAAGGACAAGCAACUGAUGUCUGCUAUUUUGCAAGACGAGAGCUGUUUGGGCAAGUUGUGAUCAUCUUAAGUGACUGACUAAGACAUUUAUUUUUAUUCCUUGAUAUUUAUUUUUAGAUUGUAAAUGUGCGUCAUUGCACUAAAUGGGUAUCAUAAAUGUAAGUUUUUUUACAGGUCAUCUAUAAUUUUAUUUACUUAUUGAUUUUAAUAUUGAACUGUUGUGAAUUUUAAGUCAGUGUCUGCGUUUUUAAAUUUUGUAAAAAUUUUAUCCGCUCACAAAAAACAAAUAAAAAUUUUUGAUAUAGCAUAAUUUAAUGGGACUUUUAUGUUAAAUCUAUGAUUUAUAAUUGGAAUCCAUAGAUUCGAAUAAAACAGCGUUUUAAAAGAAAAUAGUUUUUGCAAAUAUGCAGACUGAUAAUUUAGGUAAGGCCAAAUUAGGUAUUUUUGUUUGUAAAAUGUACG